GGUAUUUGGAGACUGAACAAAAAAUGAGGCCUCUAAUACAACUGGCUUAUUUGAUAUGUUUCAACAACUUUCUAGAAAGGUGUGUCUGUAAACCAGAACAUGACCGGGUUUUGUCCAUCACUGUAUCCACACAGGAGCAUGUGGACACACUGCGGAAUAUGACCAGUAACAAUGAGACAGAGUUGUGGCAACCUGCAUCACCAACUCACAUUACAGCAAACUCAGAGGUUCACCUUUACAUUCAGUCAACAAGUGUGGAGCAUGUCACUCAAAUCCUACGCAAACAUCGAAUCACUUACACAGUUCUUGUGGAAAACACAAAAGCACUGGUUGAGAUGCAGACCAAAAAUGAAUCAUCAGAUCCCCGGAGUGCUGGUGUGAACUAUGAAAGAUAUCAUUCCUUAGAGGAUAUUUAUCACUGGAUAAAUAAGGCCAGCCAAGAGAAUCCAGGCAUGGUGAAAGUAAUUCUUAUAGGGUCAUCAUUUGAGAAACGUCCACUCUAUGUACUGAAGCUGUCAGGCCAGAGGGGUGAGGUGAAGAGAGCCAUGUGGAUGGACUGUGGUAUUCAUGCACGGGAAUGGAUCUCUCCAGCUUUUUGCAUGUGGUUUGUGAAAUAUGCACUAACAUUUUACAACCAAAAUAAUGACAUUACAGAGAUGUUGAAUAACAUGGACAUUUACGUCUUGCCUGUCAUGAACCCAGAUGGAUACAAGUAUACAUGGACAACAAAUCGUAUGUGGAGGAAAAACCGGUCCAUGAGCAACAACAGCGAGUGUGUUGGAACUGAUUUGAACAGAAAUUUUGAUGCAAACUGGUGCACGGAGGGUGCCUCCAGUGACCCAUGUGAUCCCAUAUUUUGUGGUCAGUUCCCAGAGUCUGAGCCGGAGGCCCAGGCAGUGGCAAAGUUCCUGCGCUCCCAUAAAGACACAGUUAAGCUGUACCUUUCCAUCCACUCCUACUCUCAGAUGCUCCUGUUUCCCUCCUCCUGUUCCUAUGACAAUGUUCCAAACCACAAUGAACUGCUUGAACUUGCUAAGGCGGCCUCAGCAAAAAUACGCAGAUACUACAAGAGUUAUUAUAGAUAUGGUGCUGGUGCAAAAACCAUAUAUUUAGCCCCAGGAGGCUCUGAUGACUGGGCUUAUAAUCUUGGGAUCAAAUAUUCUUUCACGUUUGAGCUUCAGGACCGUGGCCGAUACGGGUUUCUUCUUCCCCCCAGCUUCAUCCCUCAGGCCUGUAAUGAGGCUUUACUGGCAGCUAAGAUAAUAGCCUUACAUGUAAUCAAGGAAACUCAAUGAGACCCUUCUGCCACAAACAACCUGAGUGUAUAAUAUAUCAUAGAUUUAGAUACAUAAGUUUUAUGAUUUAGUGUGCUGUAAAAACGACUAACAAGAAGAUAUGAUACUAUAAGCAAUUAAGCAAAUUUCAUAUAUAACAAAUAAUAAUAAACAAGUAAAAAUGCA